GAGCAACGAAUUCAAGGCAGUGAUUCGGAGUUACGCCAAAACCAAAUGUCAUCACCGUCACGCACCUCAGUCACGCACGCACUCGAUUAAAGGCAGUUCAACCGCGGGCACGUGGGUGAUUUGUAAUUCAAAAUGUCACGCGGAGUUGCAAUAAUCAAACAAGUGAUGGACUCUUUGGCUAGCGCCAAAGGUUUCAGUCGAUGUAUGAAAAACGUGACCGUGGUCUCUGCUGGAGACGGUAAAUGCAGGGUGGAAUUCCCCGUGGAAGAGGGUCAUUUGAAUGGUUUUGGAACCCUGCACGGAGGUUUUACGGCGACUAUAGUCGAUAACGUUUCUACGUACGCCCUGAUGACUGCCGGAAACGGUGCUCCAGGAGUUUCGGUUGAUUUACACGUCUCAUAUCUGAAGGCAGCAAAUCCUGGAGAAGUGAUCGUAGUGGAUGCGAAGACCUGCAAGGCUGGCAAGACGUUGGCUUUUCUCGAAGUUGAGCUGACGAAAAAGGAGACCGGGGAAUUGGUUGCACGAGGACAACACACAAAGUUUGUCAAGUAACGGUUUCACCGGUUCACGACAGGUAGUACCUCGACGGUUGAUCACGUACUGUAACUGCUGUUACGGCGAGCAUUGGAUGCAAGAUUCCAGGAGUCGCACCUCGUCUCCGACGGUGUGAAUUCUCAACGAGAAACGUGAUUUCAAUCGAUCAAGUUUUGGAUAGAAGUUCUUUAAUUUAUUUAUGUACAUACGUUGCGAAGAGGCUAUAAAAAGAGGUAUCUCUACAGACGCAGCUCGUCACUGUUACCUCGAGGCAGUUGGGAAUGGUGGAUUCUAGUGAAAAGUGAGACGAACGUUUCGAACGUUGACGAAGAACAGAUGUCAGUUA